AUGACGUCUUCAUCAUCAUCAAAAACUCCUUGCACUUCUGAUGAGUGUAAGAGUGUGGGCAUUUUCAAAUGUGAAGUUUGUUCACAAAUAUUUUGUCGAAAACAUGUUAAUGAACAUCGAAAUCUUCUUAGUCAUCAAUUAGAUGAAAUUGUUCUUGAACAUGAUAUUCUACAUCAAAUGAUUCUGGAAGAGAAAAACAAAGAAAAGAAUUAUGAUCCUCUUCUCAAGGAAGUCGAUAAAUGGGAACGAGACUCGAUCAGAAAAAUUCAACAAACAGCAAAUGAAGCACGACAACAAGUUAAAAUAUUAUUUGGUUCACAAAACGACAGGAUAUCGAAAGGACUGCAUGAUCUCAGUGAACAAUUACGAAAAACUCGAAUAGAUGAUAAUUUUGUUGAAAUUGAUCUUCAUAAAUGGACAAACAUGUUAGAAAAACUUCAACGUGAUGUUAUUAAUGCUACUCCUUUGACGACAAUUAGUGAAGAUCCAACAAAAUUAGUUGUGGCUAAAAUAUUUGUUUCUUCAACUAUGCAACAACAUUUAGAACAAGAUGAACGAUUUGAGAAAUUCUUUGGUGAUAUAUUUAUCGCCGAGAAUGGUCAUUUGGCAUAUCAUUGUGGACUAAAGAGAAGUUAUGCAUUUGUGCGUGGAAUGCAGGAAUAUUCAUCGGGCAAGUAUAAAAUUCGAUUUAUUAUGAAGAAGGAAAAUCCGAUACUUGUUAUGUCGUUUAAUAUUAUCUCAAAAUCUAGGUCUAUACCCACAACCCAAUCUUAUCUAGAAAAAUCUGGUUACGGUUGGUUCAGCGAUGACUGCAUUUGUUGUUGCAAUGGUGUGUCGCUAUCGGAUAAAAAUUUUUAUGAUAUGCAAGGUCAAACGACAAUUGAAAUCGAACUUUUGAUUGACUGUGAUAAUCAAAAAAUAAGUUAUUUCAAUGAACGAACGAAAAAUAGACGAGAACUGAAUGUUGAUAUUAAAAAAUGUCCAUUUCCUUGGCAAUUACUUUUUUAUUUAUAUGAUGUCGAAGAUUCUGUUCGACUUUUAUCUUUAACACGACUACGUUGA